ACUACAUUCAUUUGGAGGACAAAUUGGAUUAUGAAACUUUUUUGCACACAAACUGAUGCAACACUGAGUGGAGUACUUUGAUAGUGCUUUGAUAGUAUUUCAGAACUUUUUUGGUUUUUAAUUAAGCUGGGAGCAUAAAGUUUUUUUUUUGUUAAUGAAAAUGACAUAAGAUGAACAUCUCUCUUUCUGUGACAAUAAGAUUACAGCUUAGAGGCAUUUUAUCUUUACAACAAAAGUGGAAAUAAUUUUAGUAAAUCAAAGUUAUGAUAAACUGGGCUUGCGAGAUAGAUUUAAACUGCACAUCUCCGGGAAUAUUUUGGAUCAUUUUUGGACCUCAAAGUGAUAUGAGGGGAACAACCCCAAUAUCACAGGUACAGGAACAGUAAGAGUUAAAGAAAGAGACAGACAAACCCUCAUUCAAGUGCAGACAGGUAGACAGACAGACAGACAAUCUGAUGCCAACUGUCUCCUCUGUGACUCUCACGGGACGACUCCUCCUGCUGUUGCUAUGGGCAACCCACCUCACCAUAGCAACCAACUGGCUCUCACUGGCACGUUUGCCACGCUCUCGUCCUGUGUCUGGUGCAGAACCAUGUGGCCGUCUAAGGGGGUUGACGCCAGGCCAAGUUGGGGUGUGCCGGGCACGGGGGGAGGUUAUGGAGUCCGUGCGAAAGGCUGCAGAGAUGGUCAUUGAGGAGUGCCAACAUCAGUUCAGAAACCGGCGCUGGAAUUGUUCCACCACCCCACGGGGGAUUAAUGUGUUUGGACGAGUCAUGAAUCAAGGAACCCGUGAGGCAGCAUUUGUCCACGCACUUUCAUCGGCUGCAGUAGCCGUGGCCGUGACUCGGGGCUGUAGCAGAGGAGAGCUGGAAAGGUGUGGUUGUGACCGAAAGGUCAGGGGUGUCAGCCCAGAGGGAUUCCAGUGGUCCGGCUGUUCUGAUAACCUCUCGUACGGUGUUGCAUUCUCUCAGACUUUUGUGGAUGAGCCCGAGAGGGCUAAAGGCAUGUCAUCAGGACGGCCACUCAUGAACAUUCACAAUAAUGAAGCCGGACGGAAGGCGAUUCUUCAUAACAUGCAGGUGGAGUGUAAGUGCCAUGGUGUUUCUGGGUCAUGUGAGAUCAGAACUUGUUGGAAGGUCAUGCCUCCCUUCCGUCGGGUUGGUUCUGUGCUAAAAGAGCGCUUUGAUGGAGCCACAGAGGUACGACUCACACGCGUGGGCUCUCGCACAGCUCUCCUUCCACGAGACUCACAGGUGAAGCCACCAGCAGCCCGUGACCUGGUUUACUUGGCUUCCUCGCCAGAUUUCUGUCGUCUAGACCCAGACAAUGGCAUCCCUGGUACUGCAGGACGACGCUGUAAUGGAACCUCAAGAUUGGCACCAGAUGGCUGUGAACUGCUAUGCUGUGGUCCAGGGUUUAAGGCAGGCAGAGCAGAGGUGGUGCAGCGUUGCUCGUGCAAGUUUUCCUGGUGCUGCUCAGUUCGCUGCCAGCAGUGUAAAAACACAGUGCUCAUACACACCUGCCGAGAAUGAAGCUCACCUGAAAAAUCCAGUGUGAAGAUGACAACCAACUCUACACAAAACUAUUAUUACAUCUCAGUGGCGGCCGGUGACUACUUUUUUCGUCAUAACAUGUAUGUAGCCCGUCAUGUGUGUGGUUCGUAAUUUCAAAAUAUGUGUUCUGCACGUCGAGUGAUCCUAUGUGCAUCACGUGUCUUGUCAAAAUAAGUGUCUGCUGCAGACACGUCUAAAGGGUUUAUGAUAAAAGAGACGCUCGCGUUUGCCAGAUACUCGCAUAAUCUGCGUAAUCAGAGUUUAGUUUUAAGGGAAUGUCUUGCGUGUAUUUUGUGAACACGAGCGUCUCUUUUAUCAUAAACGGUUUUGGCGCGUGUGCAGCAGGCACAAAACACAUGAUGCACAUGGUUCACAUCACGCAACAAACACAUAUUUUGAAAACACAAGCAACACACAUGACACUCCGAACACUUAUUUUGAAUUUGCGCCCCUCGGAUGAGCAGUCACGAGCCGCUACUGUUACAUCUUCGCUUUAUGUUCAUUGAUGCAAGGGCAGCGAGCUCUGAGGAAAAUCCAUUUACAUACAAAAUUAAGAAUUUGGAUGCUAAUGUUAAGGUUUACUCUAUUAGAGCAUUUACAUGGUAUUUAAUCACUUCCAUAAUUCAACAUUUAAAUCUGAACAAUGUUGGGUAUGAACAACAGCAUAAUGUUUAUCCAAAAUAAUUGCAAUUAUUUAAAUGUAUGUUGUAGAGCUCAAUUUGUGUUGCAGAGGAUUUGGCUGUUAUGUAACAAAAACACACAUUUAGUAAUCAAUGUCUGUAACCAAAUUGUUUUAGUGCACUAGUGACUUCCAUAGUUUUGUCUUUUCUUACUAUGGAAGUCAAUGGUGCUUUCUGCUUGGUUAAACAUAUCUUUCUUUGUGUUCAGACACUUGAGGGCAAGUAAAUUAUGUGCGAAUUUUAUUUUUGGAGCGAACUAUCCUUUAAAAUAUGGUGACAUGUCUUUUAGUACAGCAAUGGUGUUUUUCUUUAUUUCCUUAAAUGCUCAAAUGCACAUGAAAUACAAACCACUAACUAACUUGUUCAGACAACGCUCGUAAGCUGAUAUUAACCCCAGAAUAACAGGAGGAAAAUAUGUUAGUAUUGUUCAUAAGGCCUUCACAUGAUACCGUUUAAUCUUAUUUUAGAGGUGCUAUCUCCCUAUUUACUGUAUUUAUCAUUUCUUUUCAGUUUGGCUGUUUAUUUAUUUGAGGUUAUAAUCUCUGAAUAGUUAAUUACACCUGCAUACACUCUCCAUCAUAUAUUUGACCCUGUGAAAUCCAGGCUAGUUUCAAUCUAAUUAUGAGAUUUGGCGAAUCAAGAUUUGAUUUCUAUCAUUGAUCUCUGACAUGACCUCAAGUCAUUAUUAAAGGUUAUAUGUUCACAGAAUGUUCUUUACAUUACAUACAUAGGAUGAUUUUAUGUAGUAAAUCACACAAAAAAUGACUUUAGCUGGGAUUCCACAUGUUUGUUUUGGCUUGUACUGUUGCAUCUUCUGUUUCAUAUCUUCUUAUUGUCUGUAAUCUACUGUCUUGUAAAAUAAAGUUUCACAUCUCAAAUGUAGAAGGUGCUUUGUUAAUUAUAAAUAAUUAUACACCACAUUACCAUAUAUGCAAAUACAUGAUUUGCUUAAUAAGCAGGGUACAAAAAUCAGUUGCGUGUCAGUCGCAUCACUUUUAUUACAAAUAUAGCGAG